UGUUCUCAACUCACAGCUUGCCCACGGUUGUUGCCGAUCCCAAGCCUUUCUUCGUCUUCUCUUCCUCCUCCUCCUCCAAUUGUCGCCGCGCCACAGAACUGGUUUGAAAAUGGCGUCUUCGGUUUCAUCUGUCCAUUCGUGUUCACUCUACCGCCGCCAUGCUUCUUCCACCUUUACGCACACUAUGCAACAGCGCCGACUUCCAUUUUAUCAAGUCGCGUCUGUCAGAGUCCAACCAGCCGCCCUCUCAUCCUCCUCUGUGCAAGGAUUUGGCUCUCCUGUGGCAAUCGAGAAGAAGGAGAGCUCGGAUUUGUUUGCUGUCCGGCAUUUGACGGGUCACGUCACCAAAGCCGAAGGCCUUCGCUUUGCUGUGGUUGUGGCGCGAUUCAACGAGAUCGUGACGAGGCCUCUGCUUGAAGGGGCCCUGGACACUUUCAAGAAAUAUUCGGUCAAAGAAGAAGACGUCGAUGUCGUUUGGGUUCCUGGAUGCUUUGAAAUUUCCGUUGUGGCUCAACAACUUGGGAAAUCUGGAAAAUAUAAUGCCAUCUUAUGUAUUGGGGCGGUGAUAAGGGGCGACACUACCCACUAUGAUGUUGUUGCAGACUCAGCGUCUUCUGGAGUGCUUUCUGCUGGUCUAAAUUCAGAUGUUCCUUGCAUCUUUGGUGUCUUAACAUGUGAUAACAUGGAGCAGGCAUUAGAUCGAGCUGGUGGAAAAGCUGGAAACAAGGGAUCUGAAACUGCUUUAACCGCUAUUGAAAUGGCAUCUUUGGUUGAGCAUCAUCUGCAGUGAUAUUGUAAUAUCUCGAGAAAGAGAGACUCUUAGAAGCGAUUUGCACUUGUGGUAGGGUUUGGAACCCAUAUGUGGGAAUUUAAUUCCAUAGGUGGUUUGCAGGACCCGCGAUCAAGAAAGUUGAUUUCAAAAAAUAAUUGUUUAUGUUGUAAUCAUUUGUCGUGUGUUUUGUUCUGUGAUCAAGAGGAUGAGCAUAAUUAAUAACUUUUUAUGCCUCAAGUGAUGGCUUCGAUCAUUUGCGACUUGUUGCUUCCAUUAAUUUAGGCAAUAAUAAGUAGGAGGGCGUUGUGUUAUUUCUUUUUUUUUUUUUGUUACAAGGAGAUUUUGAGUCUAAUAUAAUAAAAUAUAAAUUCAACUAGUUAA